AAUCAUGCAGGGAAAUUGCGGCGGCGGUGAAUUUAUUUUUUUACAAAGCCAUAGUACGCAAAAACUAUUAGAUAUAAUAGGAUUUUUUAUCCAAACGAUUAAGCUAUGUUCAAUAACAAGUGGGAACGAUUAUUAUUGGUGAUUUUGAACGUUGAUACCGUGUACUUCCGCGAAAGAAAUUUUUUUUUCCAUGAUAGGUGUUUUUACAAAUUUACAUUGAUUUUUGCGGUCACUAGACAAAAUUACGUUCAUAAUAACUGCCGAUUGUCAUAUCGACUGUCAAUUUAUUGAGGAUCAACGAAUAUGUGAAUGAAGAAUAUUUGACUUCAGUUGAUUCAGCACCUCGAUGACAUUGUAAUUUCUAAAAUUAACUAUAGCGGGAAAAUUUGCGGGAAUGAAAUACAGUGAGGAAUGUUAUCUAGUACCUAUACAUAUAUACUGCUACCAUGUAUAAUCAGGUUCAGGACUCAUACGUGUGAAUGACAUAUGAUGGUUGUUAUACGAAAAUAAAUUUAUAAAAAAAUAUUGAAUCAUUGCUUGUUAUUAGUUUUAUGUUUUUUCAAGCGAACAAUAUGCAAUCCUUGUCAACAUCGAUGUGGACAAAUCUUGUUAAUCACUUGACAUGAUUAGUGGAAAAGCUCCGAGAAAUGACGAUUCAAAACUAAUCGACAUCCGAUCAAAUAAUAACAAGACAUUCUGUAGCCCAUCUUGAGCAAAUUUUAAUUCUACAAUUAUGCAAAGUGUGCAAGGAUAAGUCUCAUGUAUCAUGAGCAUUGAUUGACACUUCGAACGUUCGGCGUAACGCCUAAUUGAGAGUAUAGAGGAAGAAAUCUUAUUUUCCCUAUACCGGCGGAAGUUAGUAUAAUCCGAAUAUAAUCUUUUGCACAUACUUUUUCGAUAAGUUCGCAAGCAUGGAAUCGUUUUUCUUUGUUUUUUUUUUUUUUGGUUUUUUAUCCGUAUAUCAACCUUUGUUAGAAUUAUGGAGCCUGUUUUACAUAACUAUGGCAACUGAAUAGCAAUAUCAAAAACCCCUUCUACCGCUAUCUCGCUUAUCGAGGGUUUAUAAGGAUGCGCGAUUAUUUCCGACUGCCACUUUAAUAAAGUUUUGCAAUGGUUACACUAGUGCCAAAAUUACUUCAACAGUUUUGAGUAGUUGCCGCAUUCGAACACUUCAUUGUUUUCGGUAUAGAAAAAUCAUUAAGCAUUGUGGAAUUUGAGUAAGACUGUGUUUGUGCUUUAUCUUAUCUCUUUUUAACAAAAACAAAGUAACAAAAAGAACUAUGGGAAAUAAUUUUCUCGUUCGAAAAUUCAUAACUUCUCCAUUUUGAAAUAUUUUGUUCGAAAAAGUGUUAGGAUAUAUUUGACAGAUAUGAGACUUCGAGAGAGAAGAUGAUAUAAUAACGCGCUAAUCAGCACGUUUGGGCAAGCAGAUAGUGAACCACAUCGGCGGGUGAUGUACAGUGUGCGAAUUUGAUGGAACGGAUUCGCAAAAACAAAUGAGCCUAAAAUUUUGUUAGGCACAAGUAUAACCCACGUGACCGUUGAUGGUUAAUUCUGGACUUUCGAUAUUUAAUUCUCAAAUCAUAAUCAUCAACUUUCAAUCGCCUAAAAAUUUCAAUUAUUUAAAAAAGAGUCUUCAAUUUCUAAAGUAUCCGGCGAUUAAUCUCACCGGCCAAUUUCAUUGAAGAUAGUAUCCGGUAAAGAUGAAUUUCCAAAGCGGCGAGGUGCAGUCAUCCUGGAGGCAAUGGGUGGGAGCGGCUGCAGCUUCCAGCAUACUGCUCCACCAGAGCCUUGAAAUCCCUUGGGUAUCCCAAUCUGACACCUCCGAUAGUAUCGGUGCUGUUCCUCGAAUCAGAGACGGUUCCCUUUUCAUAUUUGGAGCUGUCGUUGGAGCGGUAUUGGCCGAUACUUUUGGCCGCAAAAAGGUCCUGCUAUCGUCAUCGAUCUUCGUAGUUCUACGAAUGCUCAGUUUCAUAUUUCAAGAAGACUCAUGGGUGUGGAUAGUGGACCUCUUCGUCCAGAUUGGUUCGGGAUUGACGUGUACCGUCGUACCUAUUUACAUAUCUGAAAUCGCUGGCACCAAAAACCGUCCUCACCUGUUGGUGCUUCAAUUGCUCGCCUUCGGCUUGGGAAUGUUCACCGCUAUGCUGGGAUUCGCAGCUUUGUUAGCCAGCGAGUCUCCGACGGUCGGGGAUAUCUUUGACGGUGCAGUGCUGGCUGUUUCGGUGGUAUUUUUCGUCGUCACAUUGUCCUUCUACCCGGAAACACCCUAUUACUUGAACGCAAAACAACGCUAUCAAGAAGCAGCUAGAUCUGUCGCUUUUCUCACCGGGAUCAGACACGUUAAAAUCCGAGAAGAUAACGCGACGACCGUCCAGCUCAUCCGUGCAAAUACGCCGUCGGACUUGAACAUCGGCUGUUUCGGUAAAAUACAGGAGGUGAUGAAAUUUCCUAAUCGCAAGAGUCUCGCGAUUAUCUUCACAAUAAUUAUGUUGAGAUGGUCAAGUGGGCAGCAGAGAAAUGACGCCGUUUUAUGGUACUAUUGCACUCGUAACAAUCUUAUGAAUAUUACGGGUUCCCUUCUUAUAGCCUACGGCAUAAGAGUCGUUCUCAUUUCGUUCAUAGUGGCAACCAUUCGUAUUUUCACGCGAAAAAUAUCCGUGCUUCUGAUCGUUAUUGCCAGUUUCGUCGUAGGUAUUGCCGGUAUGAUACCUUUCGACGGAAACACCUGGUUAGUUGUUUCAGUUUUCUCGUUACAACAUUUCGUCCAUCUGAUUCUUAUCGGUGUUACACUCGCUUACACGGGACUGUUCUUUCCAACGUCUGUCAGAGCCCUUGCCAUCGCGAUUGUGCUGAGCUUCGAAAUAUUUAUACGAAAUUUGUCCAUCGUGUCACAAACACUCGUUCUACCUACACUGAGCUUAUACGUAAAUGCAGGCGCUUUGUUCGUGGGAUUCUUCAUGAUGCUCGUUGUAUUUCCGAAAGUGAACAAACUGCCAAAUUUUGAAAUGGACAUAGAUACUUCCGGAGAAGUUCUAUGCCUCUCGUGAAAAUCGAUACUCGUACAACUUUAUCGCGGUUACCGCGUGAUUUUUUAUGUUUCGUUGUUUAUGGAAAUUAGAUUCUCAAGCCGUGAAAUGUUAAAUAAGAAGCUGCUAUGCAUAAGAGAAGAUCGUACGAUUUUCAUCGUAAAAAUUAUCCAGUCACGCAUUUCUGAACCGACAUGUGAAAUAAACUACCUCAUUCGCACCUUACAAUUAGUUGGAAAUAAUCGAAUUCAUAGUUUUUCCGACCAACCACUGAGAUAAUAAUUUUGUAACUAUGCUUGGAACAUGUUAUAUUUAGAACACUAUAUUUUUUAUAUAAUAUAAAUAUUUAUGUGCAUUUAUAUUUUUGUUGACACGUGAAUGAAUCAGUGAUGAAAAUGCAACUCACGGAGGAUUAAUUGGAUAAAAAAACAAUUGCCUCGAAUACUGAUACAUAAAAUAUUAAUAUCGAUGAUAAAUAUGUUAGUAACUCUUAGAGAUUAAGUGUGCCAGAUUUCUUAUGUGUUCUCAAACAGUGCGUCAAUCGAAAUAAUAAUUACGCUUACAAUGUAUUUAUUGAAACAUUUUGAUACCAAUGAAGAUUGUUUUCAGCCUCGAUUUACUUCUCUCUUUACUUUCGACUAUAUUUUAUAUUGCAUAACUAUGUUAGAAAUUGUUAAGUUAAUCUCGAAAAAUUGUUCGUAUAUGAUUUAUGCUGUUCAAACUUUUCGACGAUUUCAAACCAUGGUACUUACACGCUCUCAACUACAUUUUUAGUGUUCGUUACACGCCGCUUGAAAUAGUAGUUGUACGAGAACAAUAUGAUAUUCAUAACCAUGUACCGGGCGAGUAUUAUCAGGUAUCCCAGAAUGGUUUCUCAAUUACUACAGUCAUCAGCCGUGGAACCAUCUACUGCACAUUCGUGUCUGUACGAGAAACGAUGAAAGUGUGACGUGUGGUUAUCUUACAAUGCUUUUUUUGAGUGCACAACGAUAACAACGUAAUGACAAUACUAAUCGAUUUUGUUUUCUCAGGAAAUCAAAAAAAAAAAAUUAGCGGUCACAAAACCAUUUCUUGAGUAACUGUGAUCAAAUUUUGUUAAUUUUCAAAUAAAACUGAUGAAUAUGCAAA